UCGGGAUUUCAGAACCACGGGAGAAUCGCCGGAAAGGGCUUUGGUGAUAAAACAGCGCCUUUUGGAAGAAUAUACAACAUUUAAUGACUAUAUAACCCGAAACGAGCUACUUUAUCCAGUAUUUCACAAUGGAGACUGAACUAUGAGGUUUUGUGUGGUGAAGAAGACUGAAUGAACCAUGGCACAGUUUCCCACCACAUUCACAGGUCCAGAUGUUUUUCUGAUCUCAGUGGAUGAGAGAGCCAAACAUGAUCAGCAGUUUCACAGCCUCUCUCCUACUGCAGGGGGUUACAUCACAGGGGACCAAGCCAGGAACUUCUUCCUUCAGUCAGGACUGCCCCCACCUAUCCUGGCACAAAUCUGGGCUCUGGCUGACAUGAACAGUGAUGGUCGUAUGGACAUCCACGAGUUCUCCAUCGCAAUGAAACUCAUCAAACUGAAACUCCAGGGUCACCCUCUCCCCCCUACGCUUCCUCCCAGUAUGAAACAACCCCCGCUGCCUUUACCCCCACAGACCGGCUUUGGCAUGCCGCCCAUGGCUCCCAUCUCAGCUCCCCUUUCAGGCGUGCCUCCACUCCCCCUCCCACCUCUCCCAGUUGGGGUGUCUCCUCCACUAGUCUCAUCGGCCCCACCUCCCCUCCCCCAGCCCAUUGCCAACGGAGCUCCUCCCACAGGCAUCAUGCAGCCCAUCUCAGGCUUCUCCCACACAGCUCCCUCUGUCAACAAGUCGUCCUCAUUCAAUCGUUCCAGUACCAAGCUGCAGAAGGGGUCUUCCUUUGAAGCUGCGAGUGUUCAGCCCCCCUCUGAUUGGGCCGUUCCUCAGUCGUCCAGGCUGAAGUACAGACAGCUUUUUAACUCCCAUGAUAAGAUGAUGAGCGGACACCUCACAGGUCCUCAGGCUCGUACUAUCUUGAUGCAGUCCAGUCUUCCUCAGGGCCAACUGGCCACGAUAUGGAGUCUAUCUGAUAUUGACCAGGAUGGAAAGCUGACAGCUGAGGAGUUCAUCUUAGCCAUGCACCUCAUAGAUAUGGCUAUGUCAGGGUUACCACUACCCCCUGUGUUACCGCCAGAUUACCUCCCACCAACCUUCAGGCGUGUGAGAAGUGACAGUGUUCAGUCAGACCAGAAGAGCGUCCAGGAGGAGAUAGAGGAGGAGAACGAGAGCAACCAGGAAAAGAAACUACCAGUGACAUUUGAGGAUAAGAAAAGGGAGAACUUUGAGCGGGGAAACCUGGAGCUUGAGAAGAGACGGCAGGCUCUGCAGGAGCAGCAGAGGAAAGAGCAGGAGAGGCUGGCUGCGCUGGAGAGAGAGGAACAGGAGAGGAAGGAGCGUGAGCGUCUGGAGCAGGAGAGGAGACGACAACAGGAACUCGAAAAGCAGCUGGAAAAGCAGAGAGAGCUGGAGAGACAAAGAGAAGAGGAGAGGCGCAAAGAGAUAGAGAGGAGAGAGGCUGCUAAGCGUGAAUUAGAGCGUCAGCGUCAACUAGAGUGGGAGCGUCAGCGUCGCCAGGAGCUUCUGACUCAAAGAAACCGGGAGCAGGAGAGUAUAGUGCUGCUCAAAGCCAGGAAGAAGACCCUGGAGUUUGAACUGGAGGCUCUGAAUGAUAAGAAAACCCAGUUGGAGGGUAAACUAAAGGAUGUACGGUUUCGUCUGUCGGCUCAGCGUAGAGAGGUGGAGCAGACCAAUCAGACCAGAGAAACACGCAUUGCUGAAAUCACCCUCCUACAACAGCAGCUGCAGGAUUCGCAGCAGUGGUUGGGGCGGCUGAUCCCUGAUAAACAGAGUCUCAAUGAUCAGCUGAAACAGGUUCAACAGAACAGUCUGCAUCGUGACAGCCUGUCAUCGCUGCAGAAGGCUGUGGAGCAGAAGGAGACGAGCAGACAACAGCUCAGAGAACAGUUAGACGCUGUGGAGAGAGAAACGAGGGCCAAACUGCUGGAAAUAGACGCCUUUAACACCCAGCUAAAGGAGCUGAGGGAGAUCCACAGCCGGCAGCAGAGACAGAAGCAGAAGGAUCUUGAGGGAGACACGCUUACAUUAACGCACACACAGUCUCACACACCAAUCGAGAGAAAGUCUGCUGAACUGCAGGAGAGCAGGUUGUCAUCAGAGGAGUGCGUGGCCUGGAGGGAUGAAGCAGCAGGCCCUGCCCCGGGAGCUCCAAGCCCCACCUCCAUCUCUGCGCCGCAUGCAUGGCUGAACAGAGUGACACAGGAAGAGGAGGAGAGGAAGAGGAGAGGGCUGGAGGAGGAGGAAGAGGGCCGGAAGGGAGCAGGGGUGCUAGAAGACAAAGAGGACGAGGGGAGAGGAAAGAAGGACAUGCAGGAGAAACUGAACAAGCUGUUCAGCCAGCCGACAGACCCCUGGGCUUCAGCAGUGGAGAAAGCUCCAGGACCCAGUCUGUUUGACCAGAAGGCCACAGUCAGCAGCUUUGAUCAGCAGCCAGUGAAGGUGGUCUACUACAGAGCCGUGUAUCCAUUUGAUGCUCGCAGUCAUGAUGAGAUCAGCAUCGCUCCAGGGGAUGUCAUCAUGGUAGAUGAAUCUCAAACAGGUGAACCUGGUUGGCUGGGGGGAGAGCUCAGGGGACGAACUGGUUGGUUUCCAGCCAAUUACGCUGAACGGAUACCCGACAGCGAAGCGCCUAUCAGCCUGCGUGCAGCUGCUUCAGCCACACCAACCUCAGCUCAGCAACCGAUGAGCACGCCACCUCCAGCCCCUGGACACACCACCUCCUCCACAUCAUCCGCCAACAGUAACUGGGCUGAUUUCAGCACCAAUUGGCCCUCCAACACAGCCAGUCAAUCAGACAGCGAGGGUUGGGAUGCAUGGCCGACAUCUUCGACCAGUCAAAAUCCCUCGCUCAGUGUUCCCUCAGCGCAGCUACGGCAACGCUCUGCCUUCACACCUGCUACCAUGACAACAGGCUCCUCUCCCUCUCCUGUGCUUGGACAGGGUGAGAAAGUCGAAGGUCUUCAGGCUCAGGCUUUGUAUCCUUGGAGAGCGAAAAAAGAUAACCACCUCAACUUUAACAAAAAUGAGAUAAUAACAGUGUUAGAACAGCAGGAUAUGUGGUGGUUAGGUGAACUUCAGACCGGACAGAGAGGCUGGUUCCCCAAAAGUUACGUCAAGCUCAUCUCUGCCACCAUGACGGCUCCCGGGGCUGUCACAGCACGCAGCAAAAACACUAGUGAGUCUGGAGUCUCAGACAGCCCACCCAAUGGAAAACGACCCUCCCCUUCCCCAACAAAACCCUCUGAAUCAGGAGAAGAGUACUUGGCCAUGUACACCUACGAGAGCAGCGAACAAGGUGACCUCAGUUUCCAGCAAGGAGAUGUUGUUGUGGUGACUAGAAAAGAAGGGGAUUGGUGGACGGGCAUGGUUGGGGGAAAGACAGGAGUCUUUCCCUCUAAUUAUGUCAAACCACGGGACUCAUCCACAGAGUCUUUGGGACCAGCAGGGAAGACAGGCAGCCUGGGAAAGAAACCAGAAAUCGCUCAGGUGAUCGCCCCCUACAGCGCCACAGGAGCAGAGCAACUGACGUUAGCUCCAGGACAGCUCAUCCUGAUCAGAAAAAAGAACCCAGGAGGCUGGUGGGAGGGUGAGCUCCAGGCCCGGGGGAAAAAGCGUCAGAUAGGCUGGUUUCCAGCAAACUAUGUGAAGCUGCUCAGUCCCAGCACCAGCAAGACCACACCCACUGAGCCUACCCCUCCUAAACUGGCUCCUGCCACCACAGCUGUGUGUCAGGUCAUCGGCAUGUACGACUAUGUUGCCCAGAACGACGACGAGCUGGCCUUUCAAAAGGGUCAGGUGAUCACAGUGCUCAACAAGGACGACUGUGAUUGGUGGAAAGGAGAGCUCAACGGGAGAGAGGGUCUGUUUCCUAGCAACUACGUCAAACUCACCACAGAUACCGACCCCAGCACGCAGUGGUGUGCUGACCUCCACUUGUUGGACAUGCUGAGUCCCAUGGAGAGGAAGAGGCAGGGGUACAUCCAUGAGUUGAUCGUCACUGAGGAAAACUACGUCAAUGACCUGCAGCUCGUCACAGAGAUCUUCCACAAACCUCUGCUGGAGUGUGAGCUACUGACAGAGAAAGAAGUGGCCAUGAUCUUUGUCAACUGGAAGGAGCUCAUCAUGUGCAACAUCAAACUGCUCAAGGCUCUGAGGGUGAGGAAAAAGAUGUCAGGUGACCGGAUGCCGGUGAAAAUGAUUGGUGACAUCCUGACCAACCAGCUGCCUCACAUGCAGCCAUACAUCAGGUUCUGUUCGUGUCAGCUGAACGGUGCCACGCUGAUUCAGCAGAAAACAGACGACAACCCUGAGAUUAAAGACUUCCUUAAGAGGUUAGCCAUGGAUCCAAGGUGUAAGGGGAUGCCUCUCUCCAGCUUCCUGCUCAAACCUAUGCAGAGAGUCACUCGCUACCCACUCAUCAUCAAGAACAUAUUAGAAAACACUCCAGAGUCCCAUCCAGACCACAGCCACCUAAAGGCUGCUCUGGAAAAAGCAGAGGAGCUGUGCUCUCAGGUGAACGAGGGCGUCAGGGAGAAGGAGAACUCAGAUCGUCUGGAGUGGAUUCAGGCUCACGUCCAGUGUGAAGGCUUGUCCGAGCAACUGGUGUUUAACUCGGUCACAAACUGUCUGGGUCCCAGGAAGUUUCUUCACAGUGGGAAGUUGUUUAAAGCAAAGAGCAGCAAGGAGCUGUACGGCUUCCUGUUCAACGACUUCCUGCUGCUGACACAGGUGACCAAACCUCUGGGCUCAUCAGGCUCCGACAAAGUCUUUUCCUCAAAAACACACCUUCAAUAUCGCAUGUAUAAAACGCCUAUUUUCCUGAAUGAAGUGUUAGUGAAGCUGCCAACAGACCCGUCAGGAGAUGAGCCUCUGUUUCACAUCUCUCACAUAGACAGAGUAUACACACUCCGAGCUGAGAGCAUCAAUGAAAGGACGGCAUGGGUUCAGAAGAUUAAGGCAGCUUCAGAACUCUUUAUAGAAACAGAGAAGAAGAAGAGAGAGAAGGCAUAUCUAGUGCGAUCUCAGAGGGCUACGGGAAUCGGCAGACUAAUGGUUAACAUUGUGGAGGGGAUUGAGCUCAAACCCUGUCGCUCUCAUGGAAAAAGUAACCCAUACUGUGAAGUAACUAUGGGUUCACAGUGCCAUAUCACAAAAACAUUACAGGACACUUUAAAUCCAAAGUGGAACUCCAAUUGUCAGUUUUUUAUAAAGGACCUGGAGCAGGACGUCCUCUGUGUCACUGUGUUUGAACGAGACCAGUUCUCACCUGACGACUUCCUGGGCAGGACAGAGAUCCGAUUGGCUGAAAUAAAGAAGGACCAGGGCUCUAAAGGACCGAUCACAAAGCGGUUGCUGCUGCACGAGGUUCCCACGGGAGAGAUUGUGGUCAGACUGGACCUCCAGCUGUUUGAAGAGCCGUAAUAACUGGACGGGACCAUACUGGACUAUUUAAAAAGACUGAAACAAUUUGAUUUGGACAUGAAAGAUGGGCUAGACUGGACUGUUCUGGAUUCUCUUAGUUUGGACAAGUUUAGUGUCUUAGUGCUCAUAGGCUGUUCAUGUUCAUGAAGGGCAGAACAAGGCAUCAGUUGAAUACUGAAUAUUUUGUUAAUUGCAAAUAAUGCAGCAAAUUGGGCAACUAACCAGGCGACAUAGCACUAGAUAACCCGUAAUCCUGACAUUCAGGGUCUAGUAGUCUUUUUUUGGGUCACAUUAGAUAUUUUGCACUUGUAAUGUUGACAAAUUUAGAUUAAUCUAACAGUUCAUACUCACUCCAACGUGUUCAUCAUGCAAUGCAAUGCCAGAUCUCCUAUUCAAGCAAUGUGCAGCUAAAUCUUUCUAUCCGCUCCUUUCUUUAAAAGUAUUGGUUGUGCUAUAAAAUUCACAUGCUAGUCAAUGGUGUAAUCCAACUGGCAUCUAAAUACAAACAGCAGGGGGCAGUAUGGCAAAUUUUCCCCCCUCCCAACAACGUUAAGGCUCAGUCCCAUUUCUUACUUUUACUCCCAUCCCUCAUUUUUAAGUGCAUUCUUUUGCAGUUGUCAGUACAAAAUUAAAGAAAAUACUGUGAUGUUUUCAUUUGACCUCCCAAAAGACUGCAGAUAUAAAUAAGCUUUGAACUAACUCAGCACAAUGCAUCAAAUUACAACAUUUAUGUUCGAUAUUGUACAUAAUCCCUUUACAAGUUAAUUUAAAUUAGACUGAAAAUGAAAUUAUGAUGUAACAUUAGCUAGCAAGCUAUCAACAAAUUACAAGUAAUAUUUUAAAUGCUUGUUUGAAAUUUAAAGACCAUAAUGCAUUGAAUAGUUAAAUUGUAAUGUAGACAGUUGUUGCAAUUUCCCCAUUUUGCUAUUGAUUUAGGGAGAUUUGCUGCAACACUUCACCCUACCCCACUAUUCUCACAAGAGUCAGGACACCCUACCCCUAGACUUGAAUGAGCCAAAACAGGGGGUAGAGUUAAAUGGUAGGGUCAAGGGGUGUACUCGGACUGAGCCUUACACCGUAUUUGUUUCGAGGCAAGAAGGGUUCAGCAAUAUCAAUUUCACAUAUCAGGGCAAAAUGAUUGAUAUGCUACAUUCUGGCCCUUACGGGGCUUCUUAAGGGACAUGGCCUGAGAAAAAUCUGCACUUUCUUUUGCUCACAGUGUAGUUUCUGGAUAAAGUUUUUAGUGCACACCUGAAACAUAUCUUUUUUUUUGCCCAUGUCCUCUUAGGGACUCCAUAGAUUACUGCAUGUUCCAGGGUAAAUCAAAGACCAACCCAAGCAUUCAUUUAUUUAACAUACCUGCUCUAGUCUUAAUCUUUUUUAUCUUUAAAUGUAGCAGUCUCUUCUUCUCUAAUGUGGUGGAAGACACAAACAAGAACAAGACUUUUUGACAAGCAUUUCUUAUGGUCGACUCCACUGUGCUAACAGGGUAGCUAGCUCUUCAUCAAUGAUCUUUAUCAAUUAAGGGUUACAAAUCCAAGUCACGCUUCAAAUCCAGUCCAGUCCAGUCUACAUCCCUCCUCUUUUAGCCAGGUCCAGAUUUGUAUUUUAGUCCAGUCUGAUCCAGUUUAAUCAACAUGAGUCCUCUUGGAGAUCAGAGCCGGGUCUUUACUGUUUUCUCUCCCCCUGCUUCAUCAGACAGUCUCACAGACACUCCAGUGACAAUCCCAGCCUUCUUCUUUAGUCCCGACAAACCCCUAUGUGUGCGUGUGAGAGUGUUAAAGAGCAUAUGUGACAAAUGUGAGAGAGGGAGAUAGGCGGCUGGUGUGAGUGACUGUACAUGUAUGUGUCAAGGUGGACAGGCUAAUUACAGGUACAGUUCAGCGUACGUUUUCUUUAUUUUUAUGCCAAUUUUAUCAAACUCUGUCAGAGUCAUAAAGGUGAACGUUGAGGUACUAUGUUUAUAAAGGGACUUUUUCAUUUUUGGAUCCUCACUGAACACUUGUCACAUUAUCAUAGAAAGCUCUUACUAUGUACAGGUUCAAUGCUAACGAUGCUAAUAAGCUGAAGAUGAAGGAGGUUUUUACUCCAAUAUGACAAGUGUCCAGUGUAGACAAGUCAAAAUGUUCCUUUCAGAUGUAUCAAUGAUGAUAAUGCUGAAAAAAUAUGGCCGGAUCAAAGCCAAGGGAACAGGUGUGACAGCUCAUUUUAAUAAGUUACUGUAAAGAGGAAUGUCUUAAUUUGUAUUGCUUUGAUUUUGGAUGUUGGACACACAUGGGGGUUGUAGUUUUAGGGGAUUUUCGCCACACAUCUAACCUCUGUUGUUAUGUUGCUGCCGUACAUUGUGUCACAGUGGCCGUCACUAGCAGGGGACAUCAAUCCUAAAAGAUUUAGAGGACCUGAAGCCAGAUAGAGGCCCUCAAACAUGACUUUUAGUACAUUUCCACACUCUAACUCUGAGGGAACUCAGUGUUGCAAGCACUUUUUAAAAGAAACACAGCUGAGAAGGACGUGACUCAGCAGAUGUUUGAAUGGUGGCCAUUUUGAAUAGUCUAGGCAGGAAACUUGAUUAAGCGUAUAAAGCCUGUAUUUAAAGAACAAAACCAUGUCUUUUUUUCAAUUGUCAGAAAAAACAAACUAUUGAUUCCAUUUUAAUCCAAUAUUUUUUUAAGGAAUUGAUGUCUUUUGUUUAUUUGGCAAACCUGUGUGGAUGAAGUGGUACUUCAUAGAACUUUGCCAUGUUUUUCAUAAACAUACGUAAGUCAUGUAUUCUGAAACACAAAACUUGUUUUCUUUUGCCUUGUAUUAGUUCCAUGAGACACACUCUUUGGACAUUUACUGUAGAAAUGAUAUGAAAAGCCUAUUUCUGUGACCUGGCACCUACUCUGCAGCAGUGGUUUCAGGCAUUAAAAACAUAAAUAUAGAAAACAUUAUUAUAAAUAUUGUUCACAGCAAACAAAAAUAUGAUGACUUAAUAGAUCCCAAAAAAUUAGAUAUAACUGGUUACAUACAAAAUUUAAGUAACUGAAAAACAGUAUUUGUUUAGUAGUAGGUACUUAGCCAUUUUAAGUGGGUUUUUUUAACUCAAUUUUCUUGUACAUUCAUGGUGGGUUAACUUAACUUUUUCAGGUUUACACUACACUGGAAACUUUCCUACACUUAAAAAUUCUUUUUAAAAUCCAUCUCAAAUCAACACGUUUCAGUAUUUUUUCCAAAAGCGAUCAGGCUUUAAAUGCACAAACAACUCUUGUUAGUAGGAUUAACGUUGUUUUUUCAAGCACUGCUGAACCAUUUUAAUAAAAUAAAGAAUAUGGCCACACUCAUUAUUUUAAUACACUCUUGCUUCAAAAACUGAAAGAACUUCAAGUGAACACAAUGGCUGUCAUAUUCUCAGAAAUUUGCUUGUUAGCAUUAACCUUUUAAAGUCUUGCUGCAGCUUCAUAUUGACAUGCUUUUAAACUAUGAGGUUGAUACCAAUUUUAUCCCUUAGUGGUUGAAUUUAUCAAGAAAGACAAUUAUUUAACAGAUUACAAAUGUUUGUGUUAGGUCUUAUAGCUUGUGCUUACAUCCAGUGCCUUCACAUCGGGGUUGUGCUAAGGUUGGCAUAAUAUGCAACUUUUUAAACAAAUUUCUUUCACAGUCUGUCUUUUAUUGUUCACUCAAUUUUUAAGCAUAUCAUUGAUGUAAUUUCUUUAUUUCAUUUGUUUUACACAGAGUAGUUUCUUCAAGGGCAGCGUUAAUCUUCUUUCCUCACCUGAGUAUUCAAGAUGGCCGCUGCGUUAGCCAGUUGGACUGUUAGUGCAGCAGAGUUGUAGAUGUAUUUGUUAGCUAGCAAACUGGCAAAUUAGUGAAAUGAAGUUAGCUCUUUUAAUUUAAUGCCAAGGUUACUGAACUACCACAGACAACCAAUAGUUACCUUAGUGACCAGCCACUGUCCAAUCAGACGUCAGCGAGGUUUAGCCAGGUGCAGCAGCUUGACUGUGGAGGAAGGUGUGAACGAAUGUUUGUGUCUCCCCAGACUGAAGCUGGUAAUGAUAUUGAUAAUAAUGAAUGAUAAUCAUGAAUUUGUCUCAGAUCCCUAUACUGUUCUCCAGAACCCCUCCCCCCACGCUGUACUGAAACUAACCUAAUCCAGUUUGAACCCGUUCUUACUGUUCCAGGUUGUGUAUAAUACUACUGCUAUCUGAGAGUUAAUAUAUGAGCGCUACGGGGGCGAUAGAGACAGCCUGCUGUUAAUUAUCACUGUAGAAGAUGAUGUAUGUUGUUGUCUUUCAAUGUUCAGAAUAAACUUCUGUUGG